GGUGCGGUAGUGGGGGUCUGGGCCGCGCUAGGAGCCGGCGGUAUCCCCAUUUUUUUUCAACAGCCGCCCAAGGACGACAAGAAGAAGAAAGAUGCUGGAAAGUCGGCCAAGAAAGACAAGGACCCCGUGAACAAGUCGGGGGGCAAGGCCAAAAAGAAGAAGUGGUCCAAAGGCAAAGUUCGGGACAAGCUCAAUAACCUGGUCUUGUUUGACAAAGCCACAUACGACAAGCUCUGUAAGGAGGUUCCCAACUACAAGCUCAUAACCCCAGCUGUGGUGUCUGAGAGGCUGAAGAUACGCGGCUCCUUGGCCAGGGCAGCCCUUCAGGAGCUCCUUAGUAAAGGACUUAUUAAACUAGUCUCAAAGCACAGAGCUCAAGUGAUUUACACCAGAAACACCAAAGGUGGGGACGCCCCGGCUGCCGGAGAAGAUGCAUGAACAACAGAUCUCGCCGGCUGUACAUUUUG